AUGCCAUUUUUGGAUGAUUAUAGAUAAUGUUUAUUUAUAAAUAAUUAAGGAAAUAUUUAUUUCCAAUAUAUAAUUGCAUAUUAAUUUGAAGAGGCUGAAACAAUGUUAUUUAAUAGUGAAAUAGGGACCAAGUUUUAAAAAGCAUUGAAGAGGGCAAGCAAGUCUUUAAUGAUUAUCCGAAAUUAAAAGGUAGAGCCAAUCAAAUUUGAGUUUAUCGAUUCUUAAACAGAGUAUAUAUUAGUUUUUAAAGCUUAAAAUAAAUUAGCAUCAAAAUGGUAAUAUAUGCAUAAUAUAGUGUAGAGUGGCAUUGCAAAGAGCGCAAAAGGAGGAAAAGGUGGAAAAGGCGGAAAAGGAGGAAAAUUUGGUCAAGGAAAGAAUAAGAAAGCCCCCUAAUCCAGGUCAUUGAAAGCAGGGCUUUAAGUAGUGAAUUUCACAAUAAUAAGUUCCCUGUGGGUCGUAUUCAUAGAUAUUUGAAGUAAAGAGUAUCAGCCAAGAACAGAGUAGGAACAACAUCAGCUGUAUACACAUCAGCAAUUUUAGAGUAUUUGACAGCUGAAGUACUUGAAUUAGCUGGAAAUGCUUCAAAAGACUUUAAAGGUAUUGUAAUUAUGAUUAAUUUCUUCCUUAGUGAGAAGAAUCACACCAAGACAUCUUUAAUUAGCAAUUAGAGGUGAUGAGGAACUAGAUAUUCUUAUCAGAGCCACUAUUGCAGGAGGUGGUGUUAUUCCACAUAUUCACAAGGCUCUAUUAGGAAAAUAAACACCAGAAGGAGGAAUUCCAAAGGAAUGAU